UACCACGAUAGAGUGGAGAUUAUGCUAAAUGACGUGAAAUUUACCAUGAAUCAUGGAAGCAUAGUUAAAAUACCAACCUUAUUAAGAUUUUUCUCCGAGAACGCUUCCUUGCCCCGAUCCAAUUCCUGGACUCAACUUGUUGUAAUGAAAAGAUUAGAGUGUUUUUUAGAAUUUCCUGUCUGUCUAUUUUUUUCUCCAAUUCGUCCCCCCCCCCCCCCCCCAAUGCAGAGCCCAAAGAGCUCAUUUAUAGCAAGAAUUGCGCGCCAUGUGUCAUGUUGUGAUUGAUGAUGAGUAUGACAUGUUUCUCUCUGAUUGGUUGAUCUUCAAGGCUGCAUCUGAAGCCUCCACCUUGCUUAGUCGGUUCUGACUGGUAAAGACAGGUGUUGGAUAAGAUUGAACCAAGUUUGGGGCAGUCCCUCCAGCUUCAACUUAUUGGCCAAAUUGGGCCUGGAAUGCUCUUCUUUGUCUGGGCUUGAAAUGGGCUUGGACGGAUUUGAAUUUGGGCCUAGCUCUGGGCUUGAUCUAUCUUUCAACUAUGGACUGAAACUGGGUUGAUUUUUAUUUCUUCUUUGUUUUGCAGACUGCUGAUCUGGGCUUCCUUGUGAUGGGCCAAGCUUGGAUACAAAUCAAAACUUAGCCCAUUGUAUUAGGGAUUAUUGAGUAGUGUAUGCAAAUCCAAAUUUUGUAGUGUCGUUAAACGUUUGUAAUAGACUUCAAAUUUUUGAAUGAAUUCUUUUCGUCCUUGUCUUCCAACAUUGAACAAAUCUUCUCAUUGAUCAAAUCCUCUAAUACGAAAACCCAAACUGUGAUACUUCUCAAUUCUCAACUUGGUCGUUGUUUGCAGAUAAUUCCAAACACGCUGCACUUUAGAUUGUUGAAUAAGUUCGAUAUCUAAGAGGUCAAAAUCCGGACAAAAUGUGGUGUCUACACUUCCCAUUGCCCAUAGUGUUACUCCACAAAUUAAUGCGCAGUUGACGGCUGAGGUAUUGCCUGGUGAGGUUCAGAGAACGGUCUUUUCGAUGGGGUCAAAGCAGGUCCCGGGGUCGGAUGGCUUCACAGGAUAGUUCUUCAAAGCGUUCUGGGAUAUUGUGGGCACUUUGGUGAUUGAAGCAGUAUGCUCUUUAUUUACAACGAGCCGGAUGUUGCGGAGUUUUAACCAUACCUGGCUCACUUUGAUUCCUAAAUUCGAUUUUGUGGAAACAAUCAGACAGUUGUGUCCGAUCAACCUAUGUCAGUUUGUUUAUAAAGUGAUAACCAAAAUCAUGGCUGAAUGGCUUGCUGGUCUGCUCCCCCAGAUCAUCUCUGAGGGUCAGAAUGCGUUUAUAAGAGACAUGCAGAUUAUUGACAACAUCCUUCUUGGACGUGAUUUAAUGCAUUAUCUAAAAAUCGAAAAGCAGGGGAAGAAGGGGUACAUGGCUCUAAAGGUUGACAUGGAAAAGGCCUAUGAUAGAGUCGAAUGGCCCUUCCUUCUGGCGGUUUUGGAUAAAUAGGGUUUUAACUCUGUCUGGCAAGGAUGGAUAAAUGAAUGUCACCGUUCCUCAUCAUUUUCUAUCCUGAGGAAUGGUACCCCUUCGGGUUAUUUCACUUCCUCCCGGGGGCUCCGUCAGGGGGAUCCGCUAUCGCCUCUCUUGUUUGUGAUUUGAACGGAGGGGUUUGCGGCUUUCCUCUGGAAAGCAAUCUCGGAAAAGAAACUGGAGGGGGUAAAAGUGGCUCCACGUGCUCCAAGAAUCUCUCAUUUGUUCUUUGCUGAUGAUUCUUAUUUAUUCUUGCGAGGUUCUCUCCAGGAGUGCAAGAAUUUAAUUGAGGUUUUGAACGAAUAUGAGGAGCUGAGUGGCCAAAGGGUUAAUCUGCGGUGUGCUUUAGCAAAAAUAUUCCCCUGCCAGAUCAAGAGUUCUUGGCCACGAUUCUAGGGGUUGGUGUAGUGGGGGUCCAUGAUAAAUAUCUCGGGUUACCCACGCUGGUUGCCAGAUCAAAAAUGGCUACGUUCUGAUAUUUGGAGGAGAAACUAAUUGAGCCACUUCAAGGGUGGAAGCAAAAGACAUUGUCCUGGGCGGCAAAGGAAACAUUGAUAAAGUCACUAGCGUUGGCUCUACCCUGCAUGUUAUGUCGUGUUUCCGGCUACCCCUCUCUCUUUGUCGACUAUUGGAUAGAUAUGUGGCCCAUUUCUGGUGGGGUGCUGAUGAGGACCAUCCCAAGGUUAGGUGGGUGUCCUGUCGCAAUAUGUGCAGGAGUAAGCAUGAUGGGGGGAUGGGAUUUUGCCAGUUCGAACAUUUUAACCAAGCUCUUUUAGCAAAGAUUGGCUGGUGUAUCCUCAAUGAACCCCAUUCCCUUCUUGCCCAGGUGUAUAAAGGGAAGUACUUCCCUCAAGAAACUUUCCUGGGCGCGAUGGCUAGAUCACGCCCUUCAUGGGGGUGGCAGAGUAUCCUUUAUGGGCGCCAAUUAUUGGAGAUGGGUUUAAGAUGGCAGGUCGGCAAUGGCCGAUCGACCUCUCUUCUCCACACUAACUGGAUUCCUGGGCUUCAGCUGGAUCGCCCUCACUAUAAUCCGCUGAUCUUGCCAGAAGGGGGUGAUCCCUCAGUGGCGGAGGUUAUUUGUGAAGGGGAAGGGCGCUGGUUUGAUGAUAAGCUUAGUCAAUGGUUUGAACCGUCUACCUGCCGUGCCAUUAAGGUUAUUCCAUUUCCGCGGCAGAAUGUGGCUGAUAAACUUAUCUGGCAUAACACGGCAGCUGGGGUUUUGUUGUUAAAGUCGGCUUACCAUUUGGCUGUUGAGUUGGACAGGAGGAGGGGUGGGUGGCGGUCCUCGGUUAGUUGGAUGGAUAAGCCAAGUUGGAUCCGUUUGUGGGAGGCUAAGAUCCCUCCGAAGCUGAAGGUCUUUGUCUGACAAAUUCUUAGUCGGGCUCUACCAACUACUGAGGCGCUCAUUGAAAAAAAGUUCCAUGUGCUUCCCCGCUGUCCAGUUUGCUGGGAUAGCCUGGAGACGAUGAAGCAUCUGUUUCUUUAUUUUCCGGUUGUGCGUGCGCUUUGGGAGUAUUCACGGCUGGAAUACUUAGGGGAGGGUUUGCCUCGGCACACCUUUCCAUUAUUUCUCAAACAUCUGCUGGCGCUGAUCCAUCAACCGUCGUUGUUCCUGGCUGUUGUUGCCAUCCUUUGGCGGAUCUGGAGGUCGUAACUGGGUUGUCUUUGAAGGCAAACAGUUUGGGAUCCUAGUGCUAAUGCGCCAAUUUACCCAACAAUAUGAGGAAUGGGUGGGCUUGCCGAUUGACCAGGCUCCUAGGGUGUCUUGUCCGUUGGUACAGCUAGUGACUCAAGUAGGUGAUUCACGAUUGGUUUGCAUGUGGGAUGGGGCCACUAGGGGUGGGUCGCAUUCGGCUAGUGGGAUGGUUCUUUUUGAUCCGGCGCGAACGCUCCUUUUGGCGAAGGGGGUUCAGUUUCCUCAAGUGGACGAGCCUACAGUGGUGUAAUUGCUUGUGCUUCGGGAGGCUAUUAUUUGGUGUUUGGAGUGUGGCUUGUCGGCGGUCCGGUUUGAGGGCGAUGCGAAAGUGAUUAUUGAUAAAAUUAAUCAAGCUGGUACGAGGGGUAACCGGUUGGGUGCUGUCCUGGAAGAGAUAGGUCAUUAUUUUUCGCGCCCAUCCUGGGUUUAGUGUGCGAUUUGUAGGUCGGGAGCACAAUAGGGUAGCUCACUCGGUAGCUAGAAAAGCCCUCCCCUGUAUCCGACUGUGAGUCGCUUCUUUGAUUUCCGGGUCUGGCUGGUUUCCAGGAUGUAACUAUCUAUUUGUUCGGAUCAAUAUAUGAUAUCUUUUGAC